AUGACGGCAUGGGGUGAUCCCACGGAAAAUGCUCAAAAGACCCAUUAUGUGAUUCAGCCAAAGCGCAGGCGUCUUCUGCCAAAGCAGUCAAAUGGACACGCUGCCCACAGCAUACCAUUCAGGGCACUCGAUCAUGGAACCGAACUAGACACCCUUGUGCAAAAGCGUUACAGCUUGUACAAUACGAUCUGGGACAGGCAUCGUUCCAAGAUACACUCGAUCCUCAACAACUCCAACACUGGUCUUUUCAAAGAGCUUGAUAAAUUCGUCGAAACUAGUCCCGACCAAAGGCGAAAGCUCCAGAUUGCAUUUCUCCAAUUGAGUUCCAACACCGCCAACAAUGCUCGGGUGAUGAAUGAGUUCAACAAGUACGUCGGAGAUAAGUACAAGGUGGUCAACAUUUCCAGCAAGAUAUGUGGAAAUAUAAAGAGCACGAUGAGGGAAGUGGUGAAACAAAUACGAGAAGAUGAGUUUGAUUCUCAAGAAGAGGAUGAUGAUGAUGACGAUGAUGAUGAUGAUGACGAUGAUGACGAGGAACAGAAUGAAGACAGCAGAGUCAAUUACGAUCUUGACUUUCUUUUCGACUGGUACUUGCAGAACGGAAAAGGACGCCAUAUUGUCAUUAUUCUUCAGGACGCCACCUCAGUCAACAAUCAGGUUAUAAACCAAUUCAUCAAGGUCAUCUACUCAUACUCAAUUGACUUGCCCAUCAGGUUGAUUGUUGGUCUUUCGUGCAACAAUAUUGGGAGUUGGAUUAACGGAAACUUCAACAACGAGAGUCGGUUGGUUAUGAACGGCUACAAGUUCGAAAGUGACGACAAGGGAGUAGGGCCACAAAUUCUAGAGGAACUCUUCCUCUCACAAAAAGUUGAGCCAAAAUUGGACUCCUCAAUGGAACUCAUGCCCUCGCCGUUAUUAACAUCCAUUAUUCAUACACGUUUCCAAUCAGCCAAUAAUUCCAUCGACUCGCUCAUUUCAGAAAUCAAGCUUUGUUAUAUGAUUCACUUUUACAACCUGUCACUUUCAGUGCUUCUUGAAGAAGAGCCAACCGAUAGACAUGUUGGCUCUCUUCGUAAACUAGCCUCUUUCAAGAGAUACGUCGAAGAGAAGUUAUUCAAAAUAAAAACCCCAGAGGAUCGAAUGGAAAUUUCCAGUCUACUCAGCUCCAACGAGGCAAUUCAAAAGUUGUUCCAACAAGCGAAACGUCAGUUCAAACAGUACAGGUUAGCAGUUUUGAACUUGGUCCACUUGUUGUUCAGACUACAAGCAAUAAACGGAGGGGUUAAAUCAAAGUUCGAAUUGUAUAAACUAGCAAUUUCGAACAAGUUGAUCAAUUCUGUGAUUUUGAACGAUCUCGUAAAGUCAAUUACCACCAUGAAUGUUGAUUCUAUCGAAGAAGUGUUGAAUACUGAUGAUUUGGUGGUGUGUCGAGGUGAUGUUUCCGACGAUAAAGCUGAGGUGCUCAUUGGAGAGUUCACUGGUGUCAAAGAAGAGAUUGCGAAGUCUAACUCAAUCAAGUCAUUAUUAGUCCGCGUUCAAGACUGCGUCAAAGAGUAUCUCCACAAUAAGCUCAUCAACCAAUCGAUCGAAGAGCAAUUAUUCUUUGAAAUAUUUACCAUCAAUGGUGAUUCAGCCAAAACUAAAUACGAAAUGCCCAUAUUCGAAGAGAAAUAUGACAAUCUCAUGAUCAACUUGAUCAGGCCACCCUUGAGAGGCACUUUGGAAGCAAGUUUAGAGGACUGCAAGGAAUACUUGAGAACAGACUUGGAAGAAUUAGCAUCUGUCCCAGCUAGUAACCAAGAUGUCUUCGUGAACCCUAUCAUCAACCAACUUUUCAGGGUUUAUAAAGAAGCACCUGUAUCCAUCAACAUUUACGACUUUUACGUGGCCUUCAAGCAAUCAUUGCGAAAAAGCGAUUUAUCCAAUUUAGCUGGCAGUGAAGAAGUUAGCGAGGAUGAAUGGGACAAGUUGACGUAUUCUUGGUUCAUCCAGUCAUGUUUUGAGUUGAUGAUGAUUGGUUUGUUGAAGGAGAAACCUAAAGGUGACUACUUAGAGAAGGCAUUAUGGAAGGGAGUGUGA